AAAGAAAAUAAAAAAUCCCUAUAUAAAAGGACAGCAAAUGAAAAUAAAAAAUAAAUGAAAAAUAAAUCAAAAUGAAGAUAUUUACUUUCGUUCUCAUUUUCAUCUCCAUCUUUGUUUCAAGUUCAUCCGCUAAUAAUACAGAUUCCACCUACGAGAUUCUUCUCGCGUGUUUCACCAAAUACACGGGACAAUCGGCGGGAAGCCUCUCCGACGUCGUUUUGCCACGUGGCAGCUCCUCCUUCGCCCCAGCUCUGAACGCUUACAUCAGAAACGCCCGCUUCAAUACCUCUACGUCACUAAAACCGACGGUUCUGAUCCUGCCACGUGUUUACCCCCACGUCCAGGCCGCCGUCGUCUGCGCCAGAACCCUAAAUCUCCGGCUGAAGAUCCGAAGCGGCGGUCACGACUACGACGGCCUCUCCUACACCUCCGCCGCGCCUUUCGUCGUCCUCGAUCUCUCUAACCUCCGGAAUAUCACCGUAGACGCGGCGGAGGACGGUGGAUCGGCCUGGGUGGAGGCCGGAGCCACGAUCGGAGAGCUAUACUACCAGAUCUGGAAGAAGAGCGAGAUCCAUGGCUUCCCCGCCGGAGUCUGUCCCACCGUCGGCAUCGGAGGUCAUAUCUCCGGCGGAGGAUACGGGAACAUGAUCCGGAGAUUCGGAUUGACGGUCGAUUACGUCGUCGACGCCAGAAUCGUCUCCGUAGACGGACGGAUCCUCGACCGGAAAGCGAUGGGAGAGGAUCUCUUCUGGGCGAUCCGCGGCGGCGGUGGCGGAAGCUUCGCCGUCGUCCUGGCGUUCAAAAUAAAGCUCGUGACGGUGCCGAGGACCGUAACCGUCUUCAGGGUCGUAGCGUCCAAUGACGAAAAUGCCCUCAACAUGGCCUAUAAAUGGCAAUUCGUGGCGCCAAGGACUGACACGCGUCUCUUUAUGAGGCUACUGUUAGCGUCGGUGACGGAGAAUAAGACACAGACGGUGCAAGUUAGCGUAAGAGGAUUGUUCUUGGGAAAUGCAAACGACGUCGUUUCGUUGCUCACAAAGGAAUUCCCCGAACUCGGUUUAAAGCACGAGAAUUGUACGGAGAUGACGUGGAUCCAAUCGGUUUUAUGGUGGGAUAACCACAAAGACGUGAAAACCGCUAAACCGGAAAUUCUUCUCGAUAGAGAACCCGGUUCAGCGAAAUAUCUCAAGAGAAAAUCGGAUUACAUGGAAACCGAGAUGACAAAAACCGAAUUAUACCGGUUAUUCCAGAAAUUGAAGACGGUAGAAAGAACCGGUUUGGUUUUGAAUCCGUACGGAGGGAAAAUGAACGAGACAUCAACGACGGAAACUCCAUUCCCGCACAGGCAAAAGCUAUACAAGAUUCAGCAUUCUACGACAUGGAACGAGCCAGGGACCGAACCCGAACGUCGGUUCUUGAGAUAUUGCCGAUCGGUUCACGAGUAUAUGACGCCGUUCGUGUCGAAAAACCCGAGGAGCGCGUAUUUUAACUAUAGGGAUAUCGAUAUCGGGGUUAAUAAUCACGGGAAUGAUAGUUAUCGGGAGGGAGAAAUUUACGGGAAAAUGUAUUUCGGAGAGAAUUUCGACCGGUUGGUACGAGUGAAAACCGAAGUGGAUCCGGGGAAUUUCUUCAGAAACGAGCAGAGUAUACCGACUUUGCCUCGGUAGAUAUAUUUUGAAUUUGGUUAUACAUAUACAUAUAGAAACCCAAACUCUCUUGAUGCAUGUUUCUAAAAUUAUAUAUAUAUAUAUAUAUACACAUAUAUAUAUAUAUAUAUCAUACAAUAAACUU